AUGAGAGAUGAAAGUUUUUUUGAGAAUCAAAUAAGCGCCCUGCGCCAUUGGCAUGAACUACAGGAGGAUUUCGAUUCUCAGCAAGAGACAAUUAGGGCUGCUUUGGAUCAGCUCAAAGAGGACUGUGCAGAGUUAGAGGCUGAGAAGGGGAACGUCGAUCGCUAUCGAGAAGAUAUAGUUCGUAUGAAUGAUGAUAUUAAAAAAGCAAGUGAGUAUAAAGAGGAAAUCGAGGGAGAUAUGAAUCACUUGAGCGCAGAGUUGGGUGUUGCGGAAGAUGAGGCUGCUACUGUUGCCCAAAAAGCGAAUAGAUACCGCUGUCGCGUUUCCGAACUUCAGGUUGCCAUUAAAGAACAGGAGGAAAUUCAGGGAUUAUGCGAUAGAGAUGCGCGAGCUCUGGUUGCCGAAGUGGAUGAGAAUAAACUCACCAUGAGGAAACUGAAAGCUGAGUUGGAAGAUCUUUGUAAGCUACACUGGCAUGAGGUACCGAAGUAUCGGAAGGCUUUGGAGGAGCAGCAAGAUCGCUAUCACAAAUUGAUGUUGGGUAUACGAAACUUACUCAUGAAUACAUUGCACGAAAGUCCAUCUCUAUUUGAAGAGAUUCCCAAAGAUGCAAGGUCGGAUGUAUAG